GGGAAAACACUCGCUGAUCGAACUUCGUGCGUGUCUCUGACGUUUUAUCCACAGCCAAAAUUUGCGUGAGAAAAUCCUUAAGCAAAAAAAUCGCAUUGAGUCGCGCGGUCGAAUGGCAAGCGGCCUAAUUUUUGAGACUUAAAAGGCACGAAAAAGCUUCGCACCACAAAUACCAGGCGGAGCCACUUUCUUCGCCGUCGUCCAUGAUGCAUUCGCAACGUCACGCAGCCUGCGGUUGAUGUGUGUGUGUGUGUCGUGUGCGAAAGGAAGACGGCGGCGGUGCCAAAAAAAGUUGUCAAUCUCGAAGUUCGGAUGCCCGCUUAAGUUAAGAGACUAACGUCGCGAUCAUGACUUUCAUCACGUCGUGGGAGGAAUUCCGAAAGCCUGCCGAGAGGCUCUACCUCGCCGAUCCAAUGAAGGUUAGGUUCACCGUAAAAUACAGGCACUGCGAUGGCAAGCUCCAAGUCAAAGUAACAGACAAUCAAGUGUGCCUUCAAUAUUUGACAGAACAUUCUCAAGACGUCAAGAGGAUAGAAAAGUUAACCAACCUGCUGAUGAGGCAUAUGGCGUCGAAGGAACGAUGACUGCGCAGCCUUCGUCCAUGCUUUGCGCGCCUUGUACAUUCUUCAUACCUACGGACUGUCAUUUCCGGGAGACCUUGUUAAGUCUUUGUGGAAGUGGCUGUGGCGCUUGUUACGGGGUGAUGGCAGUUUCUCACUCGACUCUCUACAUUGAAUACCGUUAUUGAUUUGAGCACGAGUGGUUUGUGCUCGUUCAUUCUUUUAAGUGAGCAACGUGUGAAACCACUGUAAAUAGCGCUGUCCAGUUGCACCGUUCUUGGAAGAACUGUUGACGAGUAUGGUGUACUGCUGCUUUCUAGCGAAGGUCCUUCGUGGGCCAAAUGCCUUGCUCGAAUCGAGCAUUUCCAGGUUUGCUUGAAAGGCUGUUGACAUGUCCGGGUAGAGGUAACAGAACUUGCUGGCCAGAAAAGCCAGAAGAAACGGUCAUGAAAGAUGAAUUAGGCACCAGCAAAGCUUAGCUGACCUUGUGUGCUGCAGCUUGUGCAUAGCAAGCACCUUUUGUGAACUUGCCGGUUCUAAAAAUGCAUUGCUUCGAAUCAAGCACGUCAGGAAUUGUUCAGGAAGCAAAUGUACUGGCCAGCGAAAGGACCAGAGAAAACAGUCUUUGUAAAUCAUAGAUGCCACAGCAGCAAAGUUUGCCACGACUUGCAUGCAAUGACCUCUACGAUUAGCUUGUUUAUAAGUUUUGCAAAAAAAAAAAAAAACACGUGGGGGAAGAAGGCCUUGCUUGCUUGACACAAGAUUACUCAGGUGAUUACACAAGCUGUUGACUUGUCACUAGAGCAGAGGUGCUGACUGGCCAAAAUUGGCAGAUGCGGUGGUCUUGCGCGACAGACGGACCACAAGGUGGUGAAGUGUGUCACAGUGUGUGCUAAGGCUUCUGGGAUAUAUUGUAGCUUGUUCAAAGAAAACAUCUCUCCAAUUGAAUGAGGCUUGACUGACUGGACAGUGAAGUGUUGAUGCGCUCUUAUGCAUUUGCCUCAAGUUGAUAACCCAAGCGAGUUGUUUCUAAAACAACCGCAAUGCUUAAUCUCUGCAGCUCUAUUAAGGAUCAAACACCUUAAAGAAAUGUGUUUCCAGUACACUUGCCUAGCUUUUUUUCAUUUUUUCCAUAAAAGUCCGUGCUGCCCAAAUUGGUUGCGUGUUUCGUGUCACUGACAUCACUCGUUUUAAUUGAAUAAAACAGUGUAUGAAGCCUCA